AUGACCACAUCGACCGGUAAACGAUCCUUCCGUGCAUGUCUACGCUGCCGUCACCGCAAGACAAAGUGUGACCUUGACGGCUCAAGUGGCCGAAAGGAACCGCCCUGCAGAUCAUGUCACCUUUCUGGCAACGAUUGUGUCCUCGUGCAGUCGAGACGAGGCCAAAGACGGAAUAAAGCUACGCGAACUGCUCGCGAUGAUGCAACAGACAUCUCAGAAGCGCUAGUGCACGAGAAUGAGAGUACUGCUACAAGUUCUGGACCAUCUCCGACGCUUCUGGAUACCGACCAAUCUACGAUGUGUGCACGAAGCUUGCCAGAACCGUUUGAGUCAAGCAAAGAGAUAGAAGUUGAAUUAAGGAACCCGUCUGACGCGCUCGAGAUACUGGCACGUUCAGACGAGCGUUUACUGUUGGCUUCGACCCCUACUUUAGCCGACGAUGCAACGUCAGCGGCGCCCAGCAUGCAAGCGACUAAAAAUGGGUCGAUUACGCUCGACGAGUUCGAGUUGCUAACAACGGGGAUACUGCAGAUGGGCGUAAUCCUUGAGCUAUUGCAAAAAUAUACAAAGACCUAUCAUCCUCAUUAUCCUAUAGUUCCAGCAUGGCUCCACUCACCGAUGGUCAUAGAAAAGAUUAGGAAAUCCGAACACUUUCUUCUCACAGUGCUGUUGACUGUUGCGUCGCGAGAUUCGACGCAGCAUGUACUCGUACAUCGAUACUGUUGGGAACAUGCUCAGAAACUGCUACUGGAGGUACUUUUAGCCCGUCCCUCAACUCAAACACCCCGCACGGUCGAAGGCCUCUUGGUUCUAGCGGAGUGGCUACCUCACAUUGAAUCUAAGCUCAAGACUAAAGAAGUGCCUGGCAAUCUUUUCACCGAAGACAGGCGUGCGUGGUCACUUGUAGGCCUCGCCAUACGACAAGGUUAUAUGCUUCGGUUAGACAGAGGGGCUUUCCGCAAAUCUCGCGAUUACACCACACAAGAGCAGAGCGAACAGGAGCGACUAGUUUGGCAUUUUGUGUAUCUCGCAGACCGCCAUAUAUCAGUCCGCCUGGGGCAAUCGUUCUGGUCUCGUGGGCCAUCUCUGUCCUCCCAAUUUACUGCGGAUGACUUCCCCAGUCUGAAACCUAGAUCUGGAGAUUUAUAUGAUCAUUCCGCGAUCUUGCAAGCCAAUCUGGACCUUGUACAGAUUUUGUACAACGCCCAUCUGAUCUUGUACGCUUCCGCAGAACGGACUCAGGCUCUUAUCAAAGAUGGCGAUUACGCUCGGUACCUAGAUGACUUUCUGGGUGCUGCAGCAAUGUGGAUGACUACGUGGCGACGACUGGACAAUUCAUCAGUGGUACCAAACUCAGUCUUUAUAACUUAUGAGUACGUCUGUCUGUACGUAAACGCAUUUUCAUUCCAGGCCGUUGUCGCACGAUCAGUCAAGGACCCAAGGUCGCAUCCCAAAACACAUGCCACCAAUGAUAUAUCCUUGGAAGAAGGAUUCCAUCGAAGCACCCUAUCUUUGCCUGAUGGGCUCUACAUCAACGGUGCGAUUCGCGCGGCGACAAAGUUGCUCGAAAGAUUGACAAGUUUGGACCCGCACAGCGAAGUGCAAUACCUUCCAUCGCGUUUUUUUCUCUACGCAGUCUACGCAGCUGUGUUUCUGCACAAGGUAGUAAACCUCAACGUGAGCAACGUUAAGACACAGCUAAACGCAAUCAAUGGCCUCGUUUCACGUCUGAUUUCAACCAUGAAGGAAGCGUCCACGACCGGCACUCACGUCUGCCAUAUCUAUAGUGAGAUGUUGGAAAGACUUUGGCACUGCCGCAAUCCAAUGCAAGAAUCGUCACGGAGGUUAUUUUUGAACACGGAACUCGAUCUCGAUCAUACCUUACAUGGACCAUUUGUGGAUCAACUCUCCCUUACUCAGCCUCUGAACGGUAGUGUCUUUGAAGAUCAAUUGGCAGGAGACGCUUUACUCAAUGCUGAGGCUGGUUCAUCGAACAUCUCGUCAUCGACUUGGCAAAACCCCUGGAUAAGCUAUGAUGUCUCUACAUUACCGUCAUGGGAAGGUCUAACGAUGGAUCAUUGCUGGCCAGGAGUCACUGACUUCUCGCAGCUGAUAGACCCAUCAAUUAAUGCUUAG